CAUUCCACUUGCUCUCACUCGAGAACAAGUCUCCUGAGUUUGUAAAGAUGCCUCAGCUCCUGAGAGACAUCCUCUGUGUAAUUGAGACAUUCCACAAGUACGCCAGGGAGGAUGCAGCGACGCUGACCUGCACAGAGCUGAAACAGCUCAUCCAGAGCGAAUUUGAGGACAUUUUUCAGCCAUGUGCCAUCCAUGCUGUGGAGAGAAACUUGAAUCUUCUGAAUAUUGACAGUAAUGGCGCCAUCAGCUUUGACGAAUUUGUUCUUGCAAUCUUCAGCUUUUUGAAUUUCUGUUACCUUGACACACAGUCACUACUAAACUCAGAACCAAGACAAGUAUCUAAACCAGAGGGGAUGCCACAUGAUAUGGGUCUUCAGGUGACAAAUGGAACUGACCAGUGGACAGAAGGAACUUCACAAACUCAAGACAAAGUGGUGCUUCCUUCAGGAAUGGCAUCAUCAACUCAUCUCAGCCUCGAGGAGAGAGCAGUUGAACACAAUAGGGUGGACCCACAGGGACAUACCACAGCUCACAAACUACCAGUAGAAAUGUCUGAACACCGUGACUCUAAGAACCAACAUCUGAAAGGAGGUGAACAGAGCCAGAAAGUGGCCCAAGAUGUAUCAGCAACAGAUGACAGUAGAACCCAACCUGAGACAAGUAAGCCAAUGGCAGGAUCAGAACAGAUCAGCAGUCACACAAAGCGGGAGGGACAGAAUAAGGAGAUUCUCCAGAAGGGAGAUACACUAGCCAGGAAACAAAGUGGCACUGAGACAGGAGAAUGGUUUGGAGAACAGGAGGGGAGCUUGGGAACCCUGCUUUCUCCACUGGAAGAAGCCACACAGAGGCCUGGUGGAUCAUCUGAGGAUCAGGAAGUUGCAGGAGAGAAGGGUGUAAAGGAACACCCUAAAUCACAAGAACCAUCAGUACAGGGAAAAGAUGAGCCCAGUUCAGAACAUGUCGACCUGCCAAAACAAGCUGCUGCUCGGAAACCAUCUCAGACACAGAAAUCAGCUGCUCCCGAGGAUGAGAGUAGAACAGCUGAGACUCAAGAACCACCCGUACAAGAAAAAGAAUAUGAAACAAUGGACUUGUCAGUCCAAGGUGAGAACAGAAAUGUUCCAGAAACACCCAUGGUUAGAGUUGAAAGGAAGGAUGUAAGAGGUCCAGAGGUCCAUCAAACAGUAGGGCAGAAACAAAUUGAGGAAAAAACUCAGCCACCAGCUCUGGAAGAGCCAACAGAAGAUAAGAAGUACCAUGAACUCCAGGAAUCAUCGAAAGAAAAGAAUGCUGGAGAAGAUUCUGAGACACAUGAGUUAAACUCAGAAGGAGGAGAACAGAAAGAUUCCGAAAUUGAAGGAGCCAUCAGCCCAGGAGAAGAGGCAAGACAUGCUGAGGAAGGCACAGCAGAAGCACUUGUGAACAGUAAAAAUGCCCCUGAAGCAGAAGGGACACCAGGAACAAGAGAAAGAACAUGGGAGUUGACACCACCUGAGAACCAAUCUGGAGAAAAAAAUAAGAUGAUCACCAAGAUUCAUGACAAGCUGGUCAAGGAAGAUGACGGCUACCAGGGGGAAGGUCCUGAGCCAGUGGCCACACAGAAUGAUGAGAGGUCUCCUGAAACCCCCAACAGCCUGACUGCAGAGGAUGUUGACAGCAACUCAGAGACAAGUGAUCUGUUUGUGCAAGGGGAUUCCCAAAGUCAAACAAACCCAUUCAGAGGGUCUGUGCAAGGAAGUGACAGUAAUAACCCAGAAACUCAGAAACACUUAGCACUGAGUGAGGAAAAGAGAGUUCAGGAGGCAGCAGUGCUGGCAGUCAGAGGAGAGGAUGAGCAGCUCACAGAGGAACAUGCACAGGAGCACAAGGAUCAGGGCUCAGCGACCACAGGCCGAGGCCCAGCUGUGGAGCCCAGGGGACACCCCGAUACGCAGGUGUUCAUAGUGAGAGAUGAAAACACAAAGUCCCUGGAGCCAGGGAUCCCAGGUGCCCCAAAUGCAGGCUUCACUAACCAGCUUUCCGUAGGGCAACUCCCUACAAAGAAAGACAGUAGAAAAGAGCUAAAGGACCAGAGCCCAAGUACCAAAGAAGAGGAAGAUGGAGCCCUAGAGGCCCAGGAGGAUUUAGUAAAAAGUCUGGAUGAGAACAAUGCAGUCUCCCAAAAGACAUGCCCUGCAACAUUGGAGGAGGAGACUGAAAGCCCCCAACAGCUGGCAGGAGAACAAAGUCUCUCUACGAAAGAACAUGAUCCUUUAGUGUCUGAGUCGGGCCUUGAAGAGAGGAUGCAGAGAGACCAAGAGCUCUGUUUGGUGGACAGAGGUGCAGAACGUUCUAGUCCCCUGUACGAGGCCCUGCAAGAGAAGAAGCUGCAGCAGACAUCCAGUGUAUCAAGCCCAGAGAUCUGCAGAAACCAGUUGAGUGCAUCCCUCACCAAUGACAGCUCAGACUGUCUUGUCUUUUUUAUUGACAGACAAGCACUACAAAAGUACAUCAGGGAGUUUCUGCCUGAUGAGGAUCCUACUGGUGCACAGCAAAUAUCAGCUCCCCAGGCCUUGGAAGAUAAGCAGGGUCGCCCUCUAAGAGAGGAACUAGAACCACAAAAGGAAGCAAGCACUCCAAAGCAAUGAAUCAUUAUCAUCAUCCCAGGAGAGGUUCCAAGGAACCUCAUACAUCUAAACAGGCCCCAGACUUCUUCUCUCCCAGUCACUCUCAAUGCUCAUACUCACACAUUCAGAUGAAGAUUAAUAAUCCCUUAAAUCUCCUUCCUAAAUUUCUGCUGUUGUUGUUGUUUAGUCUCUAAGUCCUGUCCGACUCUUUUGUGAACCCAUGGACUGUAGCCUGCAAGGCUCCUCUGUCCAUGGGAUUUUCCAGGCAAGAAUAUCGCA